AUGUCGGAUUGUGUUCGCGGUAGUAUAUGGAGCUACGCGAAUAUAGACGUUUUAAAUAAAUAUGGAUAUAAUGCUUGUGGCCACACGGUAACUCCUAAAAAGGAAAAUACUCAAAUACGAGAAUUCAAAACCUACAUCCAUAAAUUCCCUGGAAAAUCUCUAUACCUAGGUGGCAUUUAUCACAAUGGAACUAAACAAUAUGGGUUUAAAUAUAUCAACUCUUGUCACACGGAUCUUGCAGUUUACUACUGGAGUUAUGAUGAUGCUAAUUUUUGUCCCUUACUCAUUAGGGUAACAAAAACAUGGUGGUCUUGGAAUAGUGACUAUUAUCAUGAAUACUACGCCCAAACGGGUAUAAACACAAAUCAAUGGACAAAAGAUGGUAUAGGCGACAAUGUUUAUAGUGGCUUUCAAAAGAUUAUUAAUGAGGAAUGUUUUAAAAGGGUAGUUGUUUUAAACCUCAGCCAAACCAACAAUGGUUCUCAGUAUGGAGUUGACGGAAAACCUAACUCAGAGGUAAACCCAACUGUUAAGAUACAAGUUUCAGGACCAACAAAUGUACAUACAGAUUACAGAAAAUACAUUCACCGUCUCAGCAGCGGGUCCAUGAACAUUUUAUGCACAAAACAUGAAGGAAAACAUAGACCAUUCCAAAAAUUUGUGCUUAGUACUCCUUAUAAUGAGGCUUAUAUAUAUUACUCCAGUAAGGAUACUGGUCAUACUAAACCUCUCAUUCUUCAGCUUGGCGCCGGAAGUGACUUCUACAAACUGGAUGGCGGUGAAAAGUGGGUUCAUGACUCUAAAAUAACAUCUAAAGGAUUAAAGGAUGCACUGGACAAAGAGAAUGAUACUCAUGUCAUAGACAUUUUUCAAAAUAAAGGACAGUACCAAUGUACCUCUCCUACAACAAAUUACCUACCCCGUACGUACCGGAUUGUUAUAUGUUUGGGGAAUAAUCAGAACAGGCCUUUAUAA